AUGGACCCGGAGAAGCUGGGCCAGUUCACGGCGGACCGGCUGCGUGCGGCGGUGGCCCCGCCGCGGCCCAACGCCAGCCCGCAGAUCCGCCUGCUGCACCAGUCCCUGGCCUCCGGGGACCCGGCCCUGGCAGCCACUACCUUCCGGGACCUGAUCUUCCGCCGGCUGCGCAACAACUUCAACUACCACCAGCUGCCCUUCCGGUAUGAUGGGAGCCAUGCGCCGCCGCUGCCGGCCGGCAGCACCCCCCCGGGCGGGCCGACCGCCCCCAUCCAGCCGCCCCCCACCAGCACCGUGCCGACGCCGACCGAGCCGCCCACCACCACGCCGGAGCCGUCGGUGGACGACCCGCCAGCCCGGUGGCCACGCGAGGAUGAGCCCGAGCCAUUGUGGAUCCUGAACCAGGCCCGCUGGGCCAGCGAGGUGGCCUCAUGCAUCCGGCGCGAUGUGCUGCGCCUGCUGCAGGAUGACGUGGUCACUUGCGACCAUGGGGGGCUGGCCCAGCCGGGAGCCGACCGGGCAGCGCGGAAAAUCGGCGGGGUGACUCGCGCGCGCAUGGGCCCGCGCGGCCGGUGGAACUGGUGCGCCGUGCCGCUGGCCGGGUCGGCCGGGGUCCAGCCCCCGGCCAACACCGUCCCCUCCAGCGUGCCCAGCGCCGAGGAGGACAUGGCCUUCUCGCGGGCGGUGGUGACGCUGAAUUACGCGGCCGGGCCGCUGCUCCGGGCCUACGAGACCAAGGCCCUGUCCGGGGUGCUCGGUGGCCAGGCGGCCGCCGACCGGGCCCUGCUCCAGGCAUGGGCCGACAUCACGGUCGACUGGGCCACCCGCAUGCCGGCCCAGGCCACCCGGACGGCCACCAACCCGCGGUUCUACUUCAUCACCUGCACCCUGAGCAUGCUGCUGGGCUUCCUCGGGGAGCUGACGCGCAUUGCGGCCGUCCGGCCGGAGCCGGAGGCCCAGCUGCCGGCCGAGGCCCUGACCCUGGCCAUGAUCACGGCCCUGGAGGAGCUGGUCGGCGUGACGGUCAUGCAAAUGCGCCAGACGGCCGCCAACCACCGGUCCGCGGCCCUGGCCUCGCUGACCAUGGUCGGGCUGAUGUUCGACGAGCUGCGCAUCGGGCGCUGGGCCAUUCGCGAAGCCCGCCGCCACUGGAUGGCCCUCUGGACCACGGGCCGGCUGAAUUUGGACGGCGCCCCGCUCGAGUGGAAUGACCAUGCCCACGAGGCCAUGGACAACCUGUACCUGGGGAAUCUCAUUCGCCGGUUGUGGCUCUUUUCCCUGAGCCACCCGGCCCUGGUCGGGUGGUUUGUCCGGCCCCCGCGGGACUUCCUCAUCGGCACGCAGGACCAUGCCGCCGGCGACCGGCUGCCGAGGGUGGUGGUGCCCGGGCAGGGGGCCGCCGCGGCCCGGGCCGAUGCCACGCCGGCCGAGGGGGACCCGUGGCCCACGGCCCCGGAGCCCCCGCCGAAGGUGUGUCCCUUUGGGGAUGAUGGCCGCCGGUGCACCUUCUGGUGUCCCUGUGGCCGGGAUGCCAGCUUCAUCCGGCCGCCCCGGCAGCGGCCAUACCCCCCGCAGCCGGAGGCCCAGGCCGCCGGGGCCGGCCAGCUGGCACGCAUCACGGCCGCCGACGCCGGGCCCAUCGGCAUUGCGGACGCCCCGCCGGCGGCCGUGCCCCAUGGGUUCGGCGCCGGCGAGCCGGUGGACGACCUGUACGAGGGCGAUGACCUGGGCGGCGUGACGGCCGACGGGCCGUUGGAUCCGCAGCAGCGCGGCGCCGCGGCGCCGGCCUGGCUCCAGGUGGAGUCCAUCCGCCGGCUGGCCUACACCAGCUCCCUGCUUCGGCGCAUCAAGCAGGAUGGCUUCAGCCACCGGGCCGGCAACACCAGCGGCCAGGCGCGCUGCCUGCACUCGGCCUUCAUCGGCGAGGUGUGCUUCGCCGACGCCGGCGGCGGUCCCGGCGUCGGGGGCCCCCAUGUGGAUGCCACGGUGCUGCUGUCGGUGCAGCAAAUAUGCGUGGACCUGCGCAACAUGAUUGCCGACAUGCCCCGCCCCGGGCGCGAGGGCAUCGCCCGCGAGGUCGAGUGGCGCCAGCGCUACUACCUGGUCCCGCAGACCAUCGUCUCGCCGUACAGCCUCAAGCGGCCGGACUAUGUGCGCGUCACGCAGGAGCUCCUGGAGGAGGCCCGCGUGUGGCUGGAGCUGAAUCCGGAGUAUCGGCGCUGGGUCCGGGAGCAUGUCCUCCCGGCGGACCCGGCCCCGGGCCACGACCAGCACACCACCGACGAAGACCCGGCCCCCGAGCACCUGGCCCGGGAGGAGUGGACCGGCGAGGGGCGCCUGACCGUCCUGCCGGAUGAGCAGGGCCACGAGGCGGCCGCCUGUGUGCUGGCGCCCGCGGUGGCCGAGGCCUCGGCCGGCGGGGCCUCCCGGGAGCCCCGGCGCGCCAGCUCCCGGUGGAUGUGCCCGAGGCUCCGGCGCCAGCGCGAUCGCGAGCUCCUCGGCUACCAUGAGGCAGCGGCCGCGGCCGCGGCCGGGGGGCGGGGCAUUCGCCGGGGCAUGCUGCUCGAUGGUGAGGACCCCGCCGGGCUGGGUGUGCCGGCUGCCUUGACGGCUGUGGGGCCGGGCGUGCCGCGGCGGAACCGCGCGUGUCCCCCGCCACCGGCCACCACCGGCGCGCCGCCGGCCCUGGUUCAGCGCAUGCUCGGCUUCCUGGGUGCCCGGCCGCCAGCAACCGGCACGGUCGGCGCCCUGGCCAUGGCGGACGCGGCCGGGGGGCUGUCCUCGGCCGCGGACGAGGUCCAGGCGCUGACCGGCAAGAAGACUCGCAACCCGGACAAGGUCCGCAAAAAGAUCAAUCCCCUCCCCGAGGUCCUGGAGCCGGAAACCGGCAACGAGGGCCGCAAGGAGCGCAAGAAGAAGAACACCGAGCCCGGGCUCGAGCCGGGCACCGGCGGAGGCGACGUCGAUACUGGUGGGGACACUGAGCCCGAGCAGCCGAGUCCGGGCCCGGGACCUGAUCCGGGACCUGAUCCGGGUCCUGAUCCGGGACCUGAUCCCGGUCCUGAUCCCGGUCCUGAUCCCGGUCCUGAUCCCAGUCCUGAUCCCGGUCCUGAUCCUGGCACUGUGCCUGAGCCCGAUCCGGGGCCCGAUCCUGGCACUGUGCCUGAGCCCGAUCCCGAUCCGGGCACCAAGCCCGAUUCCGGCGGUGAACUCGAUCCCGGCACCAAGCCUGACCCCGGCACCGACCCCGGCACCAAGCCUGACCCCGGCACCGACCCCGGCACCAAGCCUGACCCCGGCACCGACCCCGGCACCGACCCCGGUCAAGGAGAUGGCGGCGGCGAGACCGAGCCCGAGGGGCCGAAUCCCGGCACCGACCCCGAGACCCCGGACCCGGGCGAUGGCGAUGACGACACCCCCCCGGUGGACCCGGAGGAGGAGGAUCUGAAGAACAACCUGCCCGUCCGGUACCCGGUCCCCCUGGGCUCGACACUGGCCGACCCGAUCCCCAUGGCCCUGGGCUGUGCGCUGAGCACCACGCCGGAGGUUUUCCGCCAAUUCCCGGAGAAGGCCGUGGCCCGGAGCGUGGUCGGCAGAUUGCACAUGCACCUGCUGCCGCUGGACUUCCAGGAUGCCGAGGCGCGCCGGCGCCUGCCGGAGCCAGUCCGCUCUAACAAGGGCAGGGACCCGCAAGCCGAUCUCGGCCCCUCGAUGAAGGCCGUCAUCGGCACGACCCCCCCGUGGAAGAUUGACGGCUGGCUGCCGGUGGCCGAGAGCGGCCGCGAUCUGGACCGCGCGCUGAAUGACCACUUCCUGUCGGACGCGGCCCCGUAUGCCGGGGAGUUCCUCUUCCGGGACCGGUGGCUGCCGACCUCCGGCCCGGGGUCCGAGGACUACCCCCGGCCGACGCACGAGGUCCAGCAGCCCAAGUCGUCCGGGGGGAAGGCGGCCCGCAAGGAGGCCGCCACCCCCGGAGGGGGGGCCGGCCGGCUGACGGACGACUCGGACCCCGGGUCCACGGUCCCCCCGCCGACCGACGUCAUCAUGGACAAUGAGGACAACAUCGUCGGCGAUUGGGACCCCCAGCGGGACUUCACCUUCGCCUCGCUGAUCGGCCGGCCGCGGGCCAGCACCAAUGGCGAGCGCGUGGACGAGCACAUGUUCAUGGUGCACCUGCGCGGCCGGCCGGCCAUCAUCCUCAUGGGCCCGCGCAUUCGCCAAAUCCAAAGCACCCCCAACAUGCCGGAGAUUGCCCCGGGGUCGGUGGUGACGCCGGACAUGCUGCGCCGGCCGACCUUCAUGCCGGAGCGGCAUCUGGCCAUGCGGUCGCUCACGCCCGGCGGGAAGACCGUGGCUUUGGUGUCGGCCCUGGGCAGCUUGCCGAGCUGUGCCCGGGACAUGCGCUGGCACGCGGCCCCGCACGCCACCGCCGGCGUGGAGCUGGCCGAGUGCGCCUGGCGCCGGGGGUCCCCCUGGACCCCGGUCACGCUGAACUUCCUGUCCUCGCGCAAUUCCUACGAGAUCGGCUUCGGCCACUCGGGCCGCGGGGCCGACAGCACCAGCCUCUACCAGCUGCUGGGCCGGCGGGUGGAGACCGGGGCCGCGCGCAUCCUGGCCACUCCGACCGGCAUGGGGCCGGCCGGGCAGGGGCCCCCCGCCGGGGUCCGGUCCCGGCGCCAUGCGCACCCGGGCGCCGGGCCGCCGCCGGCCGCCGCCGCCGCCGCCGCCGCCGCCGCCGCCGCCGCCGCCACGGCCAGCCCCGAGGUCAUCCCCCCGUCGGAGCCCCAGAUCCGGCCGAUGCCGGACACCCCGCCGCGCGUGUCCGAGGACAACAUCAUGCGCGAUUUGUCCCACACCCGGCAGGUGUUCUUCCUGAAGGACUUCGGCCAGGAGUCCAAUGUCGACCCGACGGCCGGCGGCCGGGUGGGCGGCGGCAGCUCCGGCGCCUUUGUCGUGGUCGACCGCAUUGGCCAGGGGGUCCUCGGGCCGGACGAGCGCCAGCCACCCGGCGGCGGCCUGACCCGCGUGUACGAGUGGGUGCUGGACAGCCUGUGUCUCUUCCACGAGUGGGACGACAUGUACAUCGACGCGCCGGAUGCCGGGCUGCCGCGGCAGCGCGUGUACAAGCGCCUGCCGGCCUACGACACCGGGUAUGAGGAUGUGCCGGAUGGCGACCCGAGCCGCAUGGCGGCCGAGUGGCGCGUCCGGCGCUUCGGCCCCAAUGAGGUCAUCGUGUCGUUCGACGCCCCGGGCAUGGCCGGCCACAGCGUCCGGGUGUUCACCACGCAGCCCAUCUCCAUGAUGGUGGUCGAGGAGACGCCCAUCACCGAGGGCGCUCCCUCGUCGAUGCUGAUGUCCCGGUCGGCCCCCCGGCGGUGGGCUCGCACCCGGUACAUGUCCUAUCGCCUGCGGCUGGGGUUUGUCCUGCCGCCGAAGGGCGGCGCCGCCGGGUACACCACCCCCGGGCUGGAGGCCGCCGAGAUGACCCUCUGCCAGGUGGUGUCGGUGUACACCCCGCGCGAUGGGGCCCGCACGCACCUGCACCGGACCUUCCGGUCGGAGGACAUCCGCCGGGGCUUCCGCGGCCGGGUGCGCCAGCUGCUGGACUUCGGCACGCGGGCCCAGCUGCUGUCCGUGUCGCAUGGGCUCAUCACCCGGCCGGUGGCCACGCUGGCCAAGCGCGAUGCGGAAUUCGUCCGGGCCUGGUCGCAUGCCGGCGACCACCGGGCCUACGAGCAGGCCCGGCGGGUGGACAGCGCGCGCUUCCUGAUGGAGUUCUUCCCCCAGCUGCCGGGGGCCGAGGGCCCGGCCGCCGGGCCGACCGCCUCGCUGCUCGGGUCGCACUUGCUGACGCUGCACGAUCGCCUGUCCGGGCACCGGGCGGUCCUGUCGCUGGCCGACAAUCGUGAAGCCCUCCUGCGGCUGGACCCGAAUGCCAGCUACGGCCGGGCUCGCUUCGAUGCCGCAUGCCACCACAGCCUGGUGGAUGGCCGGCUGAAGUUGCGGGCCGAGGCGUGCCUGCUCACGCGCCGGGGGGCCGCCCUGUCGCGGGCCGAGCUGCUGGAGCUGACCCAGGAGCCGCGACGGGUGGCCGACACCGGCGGCACCUCGACCCGGGUGCUGGAACCGGCCGGGCCGCCGGCCGGGUCCACCGGCGGCGGCGGCGGCGGCGGUGGCCGGAAGAAGGCCCCCGCCGCCGGGUCCGGGCCCGGCACCGACCCCAACCCCUGGCCGGAGGCGCUGCAGCGCGACCGCCGAGCCACCAACACCCUGCAGCCCAUCUGGAGCGCGGACGACCGGUCGGCCGACUGGACGGGCCUGGUGCUGGGCUGCCCGCAGCCGCCCUUCAUCCGGGACCGGCGCAAUCCCCUGUGGCUGGGGCAAAUGGCCCACCUGUGGGACGCCGAGGUCCUGCUGCAGCCGACCACUGUCGAGGCCCUGCGCGGGGUGCUGACCCCGCUGCCCCGGGUGCGGGUGUGGCUCAGCGGCGACUGGCAUCUCGGCCGGAGCCGCAUGCCGGCCGACCGGCAGGCCGACUACCCCGGCGAGGAGACCCUGCAGCCGACCACCUCCACCACCUUCGUGGCCGGGACGUGCUUUGCCUCCGGCAUCCGGGACCUGCGCGUGGUCAUGGCCCUGGACGCCGAGCCGGACGUCGACUCGCCCGGCAGCUCGACCUAUCCCCACCGGGCGCUGUUUUACGGCCCGGCGGCCUUCGGCCGGGAGCCCGGCGCUCCGACCGGCGGCGGCCCGGUCUUCAUCCCCGGCCCCGGCAUGGAGGAUGACGAUGGCGGGGACAUCGAAAUCCGCUACACCAUCGACGGGUCGGAGCCCACCUCCACCAGCCCGCUCUACUCGGCCGGGCUGACCGGGCUCCGGCUGCAGCCGCGCACGGUCAUCAUCCGGGCGCGGGCCUUCCGCCGGUCGGCCCUGGGUCGGAAUUCGCUGGCCCUGCCGGCCGACCGGUCGUCCACGCGCGCCGGCCCCGAGGCCCUGUCCUUCUUCCAGGCCCGGCGGUAUGCUCGGGCCCCGGUCCGGCGCUUGCCCCCUCCGGGGCAGGGCACGUCGGCUCGUGCGCUGGCCGACGAACCCCACGAGCAUGGGGGGGCGGCGGCGGCGGCGGCGGCGGCGGCGGCAGCACCGGCAGCGGUGGCCGCCGACUUGGCCGGCGACCAGUCGGCCCCGUCGUCCCCCUGGCUGGCGCUGGUGCCGAAGAUGCCGGCCGGCGGCGGCCGGCCCGGGCACCCGUCCUCGACGCCGACGCCAUGUCCCGCCCGGGCCCCGGGGCCCGAGGAGCCGGGCACCGCCGGGCGCUUCUCCCGGCAGCCAAGCGACUUCGACCAUCUGACCGAUCUCCUGAGCCCGGAUCUGGUGCCGGUGUCGGCGUGGUCGCCGGUGCCGGCGGCGCCGGGUUCGCCGCCGCGCGGGCGCCCGGCCGCCGUCGCAUCUGCCGCCAUGGCCGGCCCCGGCAGGGGGGCCGAUCUGUCCCCGCUGCUGGUCGCGCACAGGGAAAUGCCCCCGCUCCGGCCGGACACAGGCCCGGCUGCCCGGCGGACCGAGGAGCAAGCGGAAGAUGAGGAGCAGCAGCAGCAGCAGCCGCAGCAGCCGCAGCAGCCGCACGGCGCCAUGGCUGUGGCCGCCUCGGCCGAGGUGGCCCCGGCCCCCGGGCCGCUGACGCGCGAGGCGGCCCAGCGCGAGAAGGACGCCAAGCUCAUCCAGUCGGACGCCACGAAGGCCGGCCUGCGCAAGGGCCUGGCCGCGCGGGCGCUAUUUGGCUUUGAGAGCCGGAUCAUGACCCUCGGCGAGCCGGGCGUCCGGCUCGUCGGCGAGGGGGUCCACCAGGAGGACUUCCUCCGCGCGGCGGCCCUGGACCCCUUGGCCCCGGCCACGCACGGGCUGGUCCUCGGGCCCGGGUGGGCCACCAGCAGCCCGGCCCCCCUGGACGGGGCCCUGCGCCGGGCCGUGGAGACCCGGUGGCUCGGUCGCCGGGACCCGGACCUCCCCCUGCCGCAGGGGAUCGGCGGCGAGGGCCAGCCACCGGCCAUCACCCUGCCGGACACCUACAUCCGGCCGACCACCCGGCCGGACCUCGACACCCCGCCCGCCAAUGGGGUCAGUGUGCGGUCGGACGCGGCGGCCCUGCUGCGCGCCCCGCCGCCGCCGCCGCCGCCGCCGCCGCCGCCGCCGGCCCCGCAGGGGCACAAGAAGAAGCUGAUGACGGCCGCCACCGGCGCAUCGGCGGCCGACGACGACCGGCCCCAGGGCCACCGGCCGCCGGCGCAGGCGAAGCAGCCACGCGCCGAGCCCGAGGCCGCCAAUCCCUUCAUCCCGGACCGCUUCGACAUGCUGGCCACCCGGUGGCAGUUCCCGCUGGACCAGGCCCCGGCCGUGCUGUAUGUCAUGGACGGCAUGCUGGCCAUCCCCCAAGCCGGGCUGUACACCUUCCACUUCGACCCGUCCCUGCUGAACCCCCAUGAUGCCGGGUCGGCCGAGCACAUCCGCCUCUGGCUGUACCGCAUGAGCCCGGGGUUCCAGCUCCCGGACGCGGCCUCCGGCGGGGCCAAGUCCGUUCGUCACCGCGGCGACCCGACCAUCGACGAGGUGGCCCGCGGCGGGACCGGCAACAACCAGGACAUCUUCACCCCGCUGGAGCGCUUCCCCGAGACCGGCUACUCCGACCGGGCCGAUCGCGAAGGGUGGAUGCCCCUGCACACGGCCGACACGGCCAUCGGCAUCCCGGUGGCCUCCUGCAUCGAGGCCGACCCGUGGACCCUGACGCGGUCCGGCUGGGGCAGCUGGACCGUCGGCCUGGCCCGGGGGUGGCACCGUCUGCGUGUGGCCUACAUGGACGGCCGAGCCGGGGCCGUCACCGCAUGCCCCUCCAAUGCCAAGGUCGAAAAGCCGCCAGCCGGCCCGACCUUCGGCGAGGACCACACCGACGACGGCCCCGGCGAGUCGGCCCCCGGGCCCGGCGGCGGCGGCGGCGGCGACGCGGCCACCCCCCAGCCCCCGGCAGGGGGGAACACCGACGCCACCCCCGGCGGCGCCAGGCAGCCGGUGUGCACCCCCGACGCCGGGCUCCGGGCCGAGCUGCCCAUUCGGCAUUCCACCUGGCGGAACUUCCCCCGGCGCGACCUGACCGUCGAGCCGGCCAGCCGCGGCGAGGACAUCCUUCGGGGCGACACGUCGGCCCUCAUCCUCAUGAGCGGCCCCGGACUGGACGGGGUCACCCCCAUCCCCCGGGCCUGGCUGUGGCACGACCCCGACGUGUCGGCCCUGGACCUGGGGCCCACUCAGCCGCUCUCUUGA